AUGCCCACGUAUCUAACCCGCGAGAACUCCCCCAUCUACUCGCCCAACUCGGACUUUUUGGAUCUCGACCCAAACAACACGCUCGACCUCUCCGGUCACAAGCACCACCCAAUUAAUGGGCUAACACACUCCCUGCCGCUUCGUCCGUCGCGCUCAAACAACCUCCAUGAUAGCUUCGACGAAAGCUCCACCUCAUCGUCAACACACGCCUCCGACGUCUCUGAUUCCAUACCCACACAGAUGAAUGGGACGAGACCGACUAGCAUGAGCUCGUUGCCCAACGGCUCGGCAGGGGCCGGAGGAGGCCAAGACUUUGAUUAUCACGACGCCGACUCCCGACACGAUUAUCAAAACAACCACGCAGACUACAUCAACCACAAGCACCCGCUGCAAAAUGGAGGAACCGUCGCCAUGCCCGACCGUACGGCGCCGCCGCCCCCAAUCAGGGUGAUAAGGAAACCUGCCUCCGAGACAGACAACUCGAGUCCGGAUGCGUACCUCACGCCCCCCUCAAUCGCGUCGCCCGCAGCCGGUUCGAUCGAUCACACAAUAAAGACCAAUGGAACCAGCUCGCCCAACUAUGCACCUCCUCCGAUCCCAUCCCAGAGCAACGCGAAUGGCUCGACGACCCCGGUACCCGCCGUCAGCACCACGUCGCUGUCUCCCAACCCCAAUAACAACCCUCAAUCGCCGCAGCGAUUCUCUUCUCCGCCGCUGUACCAAUCCGCUGGUGCGACGCCCAAUGCAUCCACGUCGACGGGGCUGCAACCGCCAAACGGCGGCCUCAAGCAUCGCCAUACCCUCGAAGUGCCGGGCUCCCAGUCCAAUCGCGGUUCCAAGGAUGGCUCUGAUGCCGCCUUCUCGAGCGGUCGAUUCUCCCCCACAUCACACACGAGUACCACGCAAAGAGUGCGUAGGGCGUCGCUCAAUCUGGUGCGGAGAGACACUCGCUCGAUGCAAUCCGACGCGCCUCGCGAUGAGGUCGUUCCCGACGACGAUGCCCUCCGCUGGGCCGAACAUUAUCGGCAAAAACGUGCGAGCAAGAGGAAGAGGAAGGAAGAGGAGGAUGACGACAGGGUAGUGGUCGGAACGAAAGUGGACGAACAUCACGCAAAUUGGGUUACUGCCUACAAUAUGCUGACGGGUAUCCGCGUUUCCGUGUCUCGAACCAAUGCAAAGCUAGACCGGCCUCUGACGGAUGCUGAUUUUGACGCGAAGCAAAAGUCGACUUUCGACAUUGCUGGCAACGAGUUGGUUCCCUCGGCGAAGUACGAUUUCAAAUUUAAGGAUUACGCGCCGUGGGUAUUCCGACAUCUGCGCAAUUUGUUCCGCCUGGAUCCCGCCGACUACCUGAUGUCGUUGACGGGCAAGUACAUUCUGUCGGAGCUCGGGUCUCCUGGAAAGAGCGGCAGCUUCUUCUACUUCUCCAGAGACUACAAGUACAUCAUCAAGACGAUCCACCACGCCGAGCACAAGUUCCUGCGCAAGAUCCUCAAGGACUACUACCAUCACGUCACCGAGAACCCGAACACUUUGCUGUCACAAUUCUACGGUCUUCACAGGGUCAAGAUGCCGUACGGAAAGAAGAUUCACUUUGUCGUCAUGAACAACCUCUUCCCUCCGCACCGCGACAUCCACACCACGUUCGACUUGAAGGGAUCUACGAUUGGUCGCGACUAUAAGGAAGACGACCUGGAUAAGAACCCGAGAGCGACGUUGAAGGACCUGAACUGGCUGCGAAGGCAGCGGCAUCUUGAGCUGGGCAUCCAGAAGAAGAAGCUGUUCCUGGAGCAGCUGCAGAGGGAUGUGGUGCUGAUGAAGAAACUCCAGAUUAUGGACUACUCUCUUCUGAUUGGUAUCCAUGACCUUAGCCGCGGCAACGAGGAGAACCUCCGUGGUAAGACCCUCCAGGUCUUCAACCCGGGUAGUGGCAACUCGCCGGAAGACGGCGAGCCUCCCUCGGUGCUUCUGCGAACUCCAUCCAAGCUCGAGAACGCUCGCAAGGCCAGGGAACUGAGGCAAAUGAUUCGACACGAACGACCCAUUCCCAUGGGCGAGACGGCAACACAAAUGCCGAACGAGCUCGACGAGGGACACAGCCGUUCGGGGUACAUCUUCAACCAGGACGACGGCGGUUUCCAGGCAACCCACGAGGACAACUCGCCUGCCGACGAGAUCUACUACCUCGGCGUCAUUGACUGCCUGACCCACUACGGAAUGAUCAAAAAGAUUGAACACUUCUGGAAGGGUCUCACCAGCGACAGGAAGCAGAUUUCGGCUCUACCGCCCGAACAGUAUGGUGACCGAUUCUACAACUUCGUUGAAGGCAUCACGAUGUCGCCAGAAGAAGCGCGAAGGGAGGCGCAGCGGAAGGAUCAGGAGCAAGCCGAGGCCGCAGCGGCCGCAGAGCGACAACGCGUUGCUAGCUGGAGCUCGAGCCUGCGCCGCCGAUCCACGACGGCUAACAUCCCGCCGAUGCCGAACUACCAACCGCCUCCGACCCCACCCGAUGGCGCGACAUCGCCGGAAGCCCGGGAAACUGUUGAGCGAGCCAACCGGGAGGCUCGAAGGACGGAGAGACACGGGGCUUCGGAGGCAGCCGUGCCUGAAGUGGUGUUAAGCACCAAGACUGGAGAGCGCCGCGAGUCUGGCGGCCAGGGAGCCCCUAUUCUGCCGGUGGUGGAAGAGGCGGGAGAGGCCUCGUCUCUAGGUGGCCGUAGCCGGGAUGGCGACGACUACCGACCGGCAACCCCAGCCAAGACGAGCAUGGAACGCAGGUUCGCCGGCCUCCGCGACUACGCGCCGCCGACGCCGCCCAAGGGCCACCACCUCAAGCCCGAGAGCCAGGACAGCGGUUACGGAGCGCUGCCCAACGGCAAUGGCUCCACGAUGAGUCGAGAAGACUCGCUCCGGCUGAACGCCCGAAUCAGCAAGGAGUCGCUCAACAAGGACCUGCCGCCGCUUCCCAAGGAGGCUGCUGGGGAGAGCCAAUUCCGUGUGGGGCUUGCGUAG